ACGUCAACGUUGACUUUGACGGUUGGGCUUGGGCGAAUUUCCUUUUUAAAAAGCGUUUGCCGAACGAAGCCGCGUUUUAGUUCUGUUUGCAAAACGCAGCCAAUUGGUUGUGUCCAAGCAAAAAGAGGAAGAAGGAGAAGCUAAAGCAGAAGAAGCACAAGUUAAUGUGGAAGAAAGACAGGAGAACGAACUUUUUCAUAAUUUCCGUUCUUUAGCUUCUUGUUGCUUGUGACGAGUAUUUUUUUUUUUUUAUUUUGUGCCUUGUUUAUUUGUUUGCCGUUAUCUAAUUUGGAAAACAUUGAAAAAAACAGUGAACAUUUUCAUAAACAUUGUUUUUAUUAUUUGUAUAUUGUUUUUAAUUUUCAAUUGCGCGCGCGCGUGUUCGUUUCGUGUUUAAUUUAUAUCAAUUAUCCAAUUGAUUGAACAAAAGUUUUUUUUUCAAGAAUAUCGUCUUCGGAAAAGCGGCUUUGUUUUUUAAAUUUUUUAAACUGAGUUUGUGUGUCAGUGUCAGAGACACGCACAACGAGAAAAGAUUCCCGUGAUCAUCCGCCCCACGCAAAGUUCACGAUGAUACCGAUACUGGAGAAGCUGAGUGGAUUUUACAAUGCCUACGUCCUGGGCAUACUUACCGUAGGUUAUAUCCUUGGCGAGCUGGGACAUUAUUUGAUUGGCGUUACCUCCAAGCAGACGGCAAUUGAGCUAGACUAUGGCGAUCAUGGCUGUCAGCAGAACAACAGCAUGUUCAAUCGUCAUGAGCUCGUGACACAAUGUGGAGAUGUGAAGAACGAGACGAGUUGCUACAAAUUGGACAUGAAUGGAACCGGUUAUUGCGAAUGGAAUUACAAUGGAUUGGGCAUUGAUUAUCAGAUUCUUGCUGGACCCACAUUUAUUUUGGUUUUCACCAUCGCUGGCGUCUUCAUGGGAUUCGCUGCAGAUAAAUAUAAUCGUGUAAAGAUGUUAACCGUUUGCACGGUCAUCUAUGGCAUUGCAAUUUUCAUGCAGGGUACAGUCACAGAGUAUUGGCAUUUGGUGUUGCUACGCAUGGUGAUGGCAGCCGGAGAGUCCGGUUGUAAUCCUCUCGCUACGGGCAUUAUGUCUGACAUCUUUCCGGAGAGCAAGCGUGCUUUGGUUAUGGCCAUUUUCAAUUGGGGCAUCUAUGGUGGUUACGGCAUUGCCUUCCCCGUCGGACGCUACAUCACCAAGCUUAACUUUUUCAAUCUCGGCUGGCGUGUGUGUUAUCUGGGUGCCGGAGUCUUGACUGUUGUUGUGGCCGCCUUGACAGGAACAACAUUAAAGGAGCCAGAACGCAAGGCCAUCGGCGAGGGAGAUCGUACAACGGCGAGUGGGAAACCCAUUAGCCUGUGGCAGGUGAUCAAGAAUCCAGCAAUGAUAAUGCUUAUGAUUGCCGCCUCGAUACGUCACUGUGGUGGCAUGACCUUUGCCUACAACGCGGAUCUCUAUUACAACACAUACUUUCCGGAUGUGGAUCUCGGCUGGUGGCUUUUUGCCGUCACCAUUGGUAUUGGUAGCGUUGGUGUCGUUGUUGGUGGCGUUGUUUCCGACAAAAUUGUCGCCAAAAUGGGCAUUCGAUCACGUGCUUUUGUCUUGGCUCUGAGUCAAUUGAUUGCAACCCUUCCUGCCUUUGGUUCCGUAUACUUUGACCCAAUGUGGGCAAUGAUUACACUCGGAUUGAGCUACUUCUUUGCCGAAAUGUGGUUUGGCAUUGUUUUCGCCAUUGUUGUGGAGAUUGUGCCGUUGCGUGUGCGUUCCUCAACCAUUGGUGUCUUCCUCUUUGUGAUGAACAACAUUGGCGGUAAUCUGCCCAUUCUUGUGGAUCCUGUUGCCAAAAUCUUGGGCUAUCGCGGCUCCAUCAUGAUCUUCUACUCCGGCUUCUAUGGCAUUAGUUCUAUACUCUUCCUUAUCACCUGCUUCAUGCUCGAGGGUAAACCCAAAACAGAGACUGUUAUGGAGCACGAAUCUCAGCAGAAGGGACAUCCAGAUGCGGUACUCAAUGCCCGUCCUAUGCAUGGGCAUGACAACUCGGUCUUUAGUGUGGAUGAAACGCUCCCCUCCAAUGGACGUCCCGUCCAGCUGCCACAACAUCUUCAGAUGUCCAGCAACGGCUACGACAAGUCCUCCCAAUCCUCUAACGUUCCACGUCAUAAUGGAGCCGAGAGCAGCAGACUGUAGUAUUAGACACAAGAAAUCUCUUUCGACACACGAUUUUUUUUUGUAUUACUUAAUAUUACUAUGUGAAAGUGCUUCUUCUCUAUACAUACGUACAUAUAUAUCUAUAUCUUAUCGGAUAAGAUAUUUAUAUAUAACUUUUUUUCAUACCACAUGUAAUAUAAUUGAUCUUUAUUAUUUUUUUAAAAUUUACUUAGUAUUAAGUGAGAGACGCACUCUCUUUAAUGUACCUUACCAUAUACAUAUCAUAUACCAUAAAUAUAUUUGUAACUCGUAUAUGUCUUUACUUCUAUCAUACAAUCUUCUCAGACGCAAUUCAUUUGUACUUAAUUCGAUAAGAUCAACAACUAUGUAAUAUGUACAUAUCAUGAAUAAUAAACUGUUUUGUUAAUUAUAAUUCGUAUAAUAUCGAAUUUACAAGUCAA